AAAGACGAUGCUUCGCUUCGGUGUUCGCGGAAGAUCCGUGCAUUUGGAGAACGUGGAUAAAUAUUUCGAGCCGUUAAGCGGUUUCCGCGAGUCGUGCAACUUGUCGACGAUUUAUAAGACGAACGCGAAACAUACGAUACCAAAGUCGCGUUUAAGAUGUUUGAUCGAUUCCGAAACGCGGUCAAACGGCAGUGAAGGCCGCCGUUCGACGUCGACGUCGACGUCGGCAACAACGGCGCCGACGCCACAGCCAUGGAAAACCUGCUUGUACGACCUUCACGUGGAAAAUCGAGGCAAGAUAACCAACUUCUCCGGAUGGUUGCUACCGGUACAGUACCAGGAGGCAAUAGCCGCGUCCCAUCAACACACCAGGACCUUCGCGUCCCUCUUCGAUGUCGGUCAUAUGAUGCAAACGCAAAUUUUUGGCAAACACGCGACCGAAUUCUUGGAAUCGUUGACAACCAGUGACCUGAGAAAUUUGACCAAGGGUAGCGCUGUCCUCACGGUAUUCACCAACGAGAAUGGAGGCAUUCUAGACGACUUGAUCGUCACGAAAGACAGCGACGAUAAAUAUUUCGUGGUCUCCAAUGCCGGCAGAAGGAACGAAGACACCCAACUGCUCCUUCGACAACAGGAAUGGUUCAAAGAGCAAGGAAAACCGGUGAACCUAGAAUUUCUAGAUCCGUUAGAACAGUGUCUCGUGGCGUUACAAGGGCCUACUGCAGCGUCGGUUCUUCAGUCGAUUGUGAAGAUAGACUUGAGAUACCUGAGAUUUAUGAACAGUGUGGAAACUGAAGUAUUAGGGAGUCCAAUUAGGAUAACGCGUUGCGGAUACACAGGGGAGGAUGGUUUCGAGAUUUCGAUGCCUGCCAAAAUUGCGCGCAGUUUGGUGCAAAGUAUCUUGAAUACGUACGACACGAAAUUAGCUGGUCUAGGAGCCAGGGACAGUCUAAGGUUAGAAGCUGGCCUUUGCCUCUAUGGACAAGAUAUCGACGAAAACGUUACACCGGUAGAAGCUGGACUUACUUGGCUAGUAGCCAAAAGAAGAAGAGCGGAAGCAAAUUUCCCAGGUGCGCAAAGGAUACUCUCGCAGAUCAAAUCAGGUGCCAAGAAGAAACGAGUAGGGUUGACGGUUGUGCACGGCCCGCCAGCUAGAGAGGGAGCAUGUAUAUUGACUCCGGAAGGUGAACGUGUUGGAAAAAUCACUUCCGGUGGGCCUAGUCCAACCCUCGGUCGCUCUAUAGCUAUGGGAUACGUGCCACAGGAUUUGGCACAAUACGGUGGUGGAGUAUUGGUCGAAGUUCGAGGAAAAACUUAUAAAGCGACAAUUACGAAAAUGCCCUUUAUAAAAACGAAUUACUAUACUGCAAAGUGA